GGGAAAUGGCUGCAACACAUGCAGUGGCGGCUAUUACAAGGACGGGCAAUCCUGUACACCGUGUGGAGCUGGGUGCAGGUCAACGUGUAACACGGCAAACGGUCACUGUUCAUGUAAAGCUGGCUGGACGGGAUAUGGCUGCAACACAUGCAGUGGCGGCUAUUACAAGGACGGGCAAUCCUGUACACCGUGUGGAGCUGGGUGUAGGUCAACGUGUAACACGGCAAACGGUCACUGUUCAUGUAAAGCUGGCUGGACGGGAUAUGGCUGCAACACAUGCAGUGGCGGCUAUUACAAGGACGGGCAAUCCUGUACACCGUGUGGAGCUGGGUGUAGGUCAACGUGUAACACGGCAAACGGUCACUGUUCAUGUAAAGCUGGCUGGACGGGAUAUGGCUGCAACACAUGCAGUGGCGGCUAUUACAAGGACGGGCAAUCCUGUACACCGUGUGGAGCUGGGUGUAGGUCAACGUGUAACACGGCAAACGGUCACUGUUCAUGUAAAGCUGGCUGGACGGGAUAUGGCUGCAACACAUGCAGUGGCGGCUAUUACAAGGACGGGCAAUCCUGUACACCGUGUGGAGCUGGGUGUAGGUCAACGUGUAACACGGCAAACGGUCACUGUUCAUGUAAAGCUCGCUGGACGGGAAAUGGCUGCAACACAUGCAGUGGCGGCUAUUACAAGGACGGGCAAUCCUGUACACCGUGUGGAGCUGGGUGUAGGUCAACGUGUAACACGGCAAACGGUCACUGUUCAUGUAAAGCUCGCUGGACGGGAAAUGGCUGCAACACAUGCAGUGGCGGCUAUUACAAGGACGGGCAAUCCUGUACACCGUGUGGAGCUGGGUGUAGGUCAACGUGUAACACGGCAAACGGUCACUGUUCAUGUAAAGCUCGCUGGACGGAAAAUGGCUGCAACACAUGCAGUGGCGGCUAUUACAAGGACGGGCAAUCCUGUACACCGUGUGGAGCUGGGUGUAGGUCAACGUGUAACACGGCAAACGGUCACUGUUCAUGUAAAGCUCGCUGGACGGGAAAUGGCUGCAACACAUGCAGUGGCGGCUAUUACAAGGACGGGCAAUCCUGUACACCGUGUGGAGCUGGGUGUAGGUCAACGUGUAACACGGCAAACGGUCACUGUUCAUGUAAAGCUCGCUGGACGGAAAAUGGCUGCAACACAUGCAGUGGCGGCUAUUACAAGGACGGGCAAUCCUGUACACCGUGUGGAGCUGGGUGUAGGUCAACGUGUAACACGGCAAACGGUCACUGUUCAUGUAAAGCUGGCUGGACGGGAAAUGGCUGCAACACAUGCAGUGGCGGCUAUUACAAGGACGGGCAAUCCUGUACACCGUGUGGAGCUGGGUGUAGGUCAACGUGUAACACGGCAAACGGUCACUGUUCAUGUAAAGCUGGCUGGACGGGAAAUGGCUGCAACACAUGCAGUGGCGGCUAUUACAAGGACGGGCAAUCCUGUACACCGUGUGGAGCUGGGUGUAGGUCAACGUGUAACACGGCAAACGGUCACUGUUCAUGUAAAGCUGGCUGGACGGGAAAUGGCUGCAACACAUGCAGUGGCGGCUAUUACAAGGACGGGCAAUCCUGUACACCGUGUGGAGCUGGGUGUAGGUCAACGUGUAACACGGCAAACGGUCACUGUUCAUGUAAAGCUCGCUGGACGGGAAAUGGCUGCAACACAUGCAGUGGCGGCUAUUACAAGGACGGGCAAUCCUGUACACCGUGUGGAGCUGGGUGUAGGUCAACGUGUAACACGGCAAACGGUCACUGUUCAUGUAAAGCUCGCUGGACGGGAAAUGGCUGCAACACAUGCAGUGGCGGCUAUUACAAGGACGGGCAAUCCUGUACACCGUGUGGAGCUGGGUGUAGGUCAACGUGUAACACGGCAAACGGUCACUGUUCAUGUAAAGCUCGCUGGACGGAAAAUGGCUGCAACACAUGCAGUGGCGGCUAUUACAAGGACGGGCAAUCCUGUACACCGUGUGGAGCUGGGUGUAGGUCAACGUGUAACACGGCAAACGGUCACUGUUCAUGUAAAGCUGGCUGGACGGGAAAUGGCUGCAACACAUGCAGUGGCGGCUAUUACAAGGACGGGCAAUCCUGUACACCGUGUGGAGCUGGGUGUAGGUCAACGUGUAACACGGCAAACGGUCACUGUUCAUGUAAAGCUCGCUGGACGGGAUAUGGCUGCAACACAUGCAGUGGCGGCUAUUACAAGGACGGGCAAUCCUGUACACCGUGUGGAGCUGGGUGUAGGUCAACGUGUAACACGGCAAACGGUCACUGUUCAUGUAAAGCUGGCUGGACGGGAAAUGGCUGCAACACAUGCAGUGGCGGCUAUUACAAGGACGGGCAAUCCUGUACACCGUGUGGAGCUGGGUGUAGGUCAACGUGUAACACGGCAAACGGUCACUGUUCAUGUAAAGCUGGCUGGACGGAAAAUGGCUGCAACACAUGCAGUGGCGGCUAUUACAAGGACGGGCAAUCCUGUACACCGUGUGGAGCUGGGUGUAGGUCAACGUGUAACACGGCAAACGGUCACUGUUCAUGUAAAGCUCGCUGGACGGGAAAUGGCUGCAACACAUGCAGUGGCGGCUAUUACAAGGACGGGCAAUCCUGUACACCGUGUGGAGCUGGGUGUAGGUCAACGUGUAACACGGCAAACGGUCACUGUUCAUGUAAAGCUCGCUGGACGGGAAAUGGCUGCAACACAUGCAGUGGCGGCUAUUACAGGGACGGGCAAUCCUGUACAUCAUGUGGAGCUGGGUGUAGGUCAACGUGUAACACGGCAAACGGUCACUGUUCAUGUAAAGCUGGCUGGACGGGAUAUGGCUGCAACAUCUGUUCCCCUUGGACAUACGGAAUUAACUGUGUGCUGAAGUGCUCAAGAGGAUGUGUCAACCAGACUUGUGACAGAACCACUGGACGUUGUGACAUGUGUCUGGAUGGAUGGGAACACAAG